UAUUUGACCGUGCUUUCUUUGCGGUUGUCUCCAAUUGUUUUGGGCAACCCCUAUCGUGCAUCUAUUUUCAGCAUCGUGCUCGAGUUGGUCUACGUCAAUUAGAUUUGGUGGUGUUUCGAAUGAACUACAGUGAACGAAACAUCAUCAAUACUAGUCUAGAUAACCUAAUAUAGCUGUAUCCGCGAAGAAAACCUAUUUGAAAUCCAAACGGAUACAACUUUGAUAUUGAUAAAACUUUUAAAAUUUUGGAUUCGAACUGCUGUGUUGGGCACAAUAUACCAUGGACAGCGCUUUUGACAAUCUAGAUGCUGAAGGAUUCCUACAAAUUUGGCAACACUUUGAUGCUGACGAUAAUGGAUAUAUAGAAGGAAAGGAGUUAGACGACUUUUUUCGACACAUGAUGAAGAAACUUGGGAUGAGUGAUGAACUAUCAGACGAUAAAGUCAGAAGAAUAAAGGAAAGGUUCAUGUCAGCUUAUGACACCACACCGGAUGGUCGCCUGCAAAUACAAGAGUUGGCCACCAUGAUGCUGCCGGAGGAAGAGAACUUCUUGCUACUGUUCCGCAAAGAGACGCCAUUGGACAACAGUGUAGAGUUCAUGAGGAUCUGGAGAAACUAUGAUGCUGACAGCAGUGGAUACAUUUCAGCCAUAGAGCUCAAGGGCUUCCUACAGGACCUGUUCCUACAGCACAAGAAGACCAUCUCCCCCAACAAACUGGAGAAGUACACUGACACCAUGAUGAAGAUUUUUGAUAAAAACAAGGAUGGAAGAUUGGAGUUGAAUGACCUUGCCAGAAUAUUGGCUCUUAAAGAGAACUUCUUGCUGAAGUUUGAUAUGGAUGCUUGCAGCCAAGAGGAUCGAAAGAGGGACUUUGAGAAGAUAUUUGCUCACUAUGAUGUCAGUAAGACAGGUGCCUUGGAAGGUCCAGAGGUGGACGGCUUUGUCAAAGACAUGAUGGAACUGGUCACGCCCACAAUUACAGGAGCGGACCUGGACAAGUUCCGCAAGGUCCUGCUGGGCCACUGUGACCUGAAUGGUGAUGGAAAAAUCCAGAAGAAUGAACUGGCCCUGUGCCUUGGACUGAAAUACACAAGUUAAAACUACUGGUGUUAAUAUUCAAUAACAAGAAUGGCAGUCAUUUGACUUGCUUGAGUUAGCUCCACAGGCUAACUGCUAACUCAUUGAUAGCAUGCCGUGUAGCUAAUGGCUUUUAGACAGCUGAAGAGCAUUGUGUGAUGGUUAAUUGAAAGGAAGUGCAGUGUAUUGUAAAAUAGACCAGUUUAGUUAGGGCUCUUUGGUUGAGAAUUACAUUUGGAUUUAGAUUUGUGAACCUUGAUUAUUUAAUUUUGUGAUUGUACUGUGUCGGAUACAUUUAUGCAUUAGCCUAUAACUUACAAAAGAAAUGUGGUGAAUUAAGUGUUUAGAGAUUUCAGUUUUUUAGGGACAUUUACAUAAUAUGUUAUAUUGGCUUUAAGACUUGCCUGGACAGUGUGGUUUUUGAUGUGCCAAAAUGAUUAUGAAAAUAACUGUCAUAACUGGUUUGACAUUACACCUCCUACUGGAUUUGAAAUGGGUCAACAGUGAAAAUGUAGCAUGUAGCAUGUCAUGUAGCAUGUCAUGUAGCACAGUGUAUGAUAACAUAAACAAUAGUUUCUGCUUC